AUGCCAGUUGUCACCGUCCAUACCCAACAAACCCAUGGCUACAAUGGGACCAAGAGCAUCUGCGUGGACUGGACUGACCCGCCAGGCAUCCUGUCAGUGUCACACAUCUGUUGCUGCCUAAAGGACAAAAAGGCGAGAGCCGGCAGCCGCCCUAGCCGCGGUGACCCUCAAGAGGCUAAGGUUGACGCCUUUGACUUUCCCAUCCCUUCAAGAAACGUUGAUAAAGUCAUUAAACGAAAGAAGAAAAAGUCCAAAAUCUGGCACAAGGUCUGGAAAGUGAUUUCAAAAAUGCUUGAGGAAAAUGAAAGGUUCAGAAGUCGACUGUUGACCUGCAGCCAGUUGGAUGGAGAAGGCUCUGACAGGACCCAGAGGUCACAGAAUGGGGCAUACCUGGACAGGGAUGAGUCCGUCUUUGGCUGGGUGUAGCAAGGAAAUAAAGGAAGAUUCAGCCCCAAAGGAAAUAUAAGCAAAGUGAAAGCUUUGAUUUUGAUCUAGUUCUUCCUGGAGUCAGUGCAAGACUGCAAAGUGACUUCAGGGAGCACAGGUUCUCUGUUGUUUGCUUGGUGUUUGUGCUUCUGCUGUUUAGGAGGUUUGUUUUUACAGUGGCUUAAACAGCUCUGUUGCAAGAUAUUUAUCUCAAGCCAUUAAGUCUAGUGUUUCACUGAGCUAUUAGUUUUAGAAAGCUUUUUAAUGAGCAUAAUAUUGUGACAGUUUUCUUGCAAAAGAAUAGAUACACAUUUACUGUUGUCUCCAUAUUUAUAUCUUUUAUUUUUGUAGCUUGUCAGAAGAAUAAACACAAAUUCAGUAAGGCAAAACUCCACACAAGACAUAAACCCCACUUUCCUUUUUUCCUGGUUUGCAUAAAUUUGCCUUUAUGGUAUUAAAAUAUUACACAAUAACCCUCUCUGUUCUUUCAUCCAUUUAUACAUGAAUCUCAGCAAGUAUUUGGAAUAUGAAACCAGGUGAAUGUUUUCUCUCUCUGUUCAUCCUGAGGCACAUAAUGGUACCAUCACAAUCGGGAGGUGUUGUUUAUCUACCUGACUUCAAUAACACAAUAUAAUUUUCUUCUGUUCUGCAGCUUAAUACUUGAACCCUUGAUUGACUGUUAAAGCUUUUUAAGCCAGCAAAUUGUGUAAA